AUGUCGGCCAUUACCUUCUACUCUGUCCUUUGCUUUUUUGGUCUUGACCUCCUGGCCAACGACGUCCGACGCCUCGAGUCUUCUGCUCGGAUGUCUCUCCUGGUACUCUUCUUCGCUUGCGAGAUACUAUUACCCUGGGGCAUUAUCCUGUCCACAAUCGCCUUCGUCAUCCUCGGCUACCCGGUCAUGGUUAACAUCGUGAACUACAUCGUUUGCGCAUGGACUACUUACCGGGAAAGGAAGGCCGCAAUUGAGCGCGCUCGCCGCGCGGAAUCGUCCAACCUUCGCCGCACCAACGCCUACCUCGACGGUCUCUUGGUGAAGUGGCACCACGCUUACGGGGCUCUUCUCGACACUAUCCGGGAGACCAACCUCAAACUCGAGGGUUGGAAGCGGAAGGCCGAGGCGCUACAGAGUGCAGUUGCGGGCAAGGAGGGCGUGAUCGCCAAGCUACACCAUGAAAUCAAGGUCCAACAGGCGAAGACGGCUACCGCCGAGAAGUGGCGCAACAGGAUCGAAAAGCGAGCCGUCCAAUUUCGUGCGGAGGCGCUGGAGUGGAAGCUCAAGGCCGAGCAAUUAGGCGAGGAGGUACGAGCGCGCGACGCCCAAGACGAGUUGCGCGGUACUUCACCACUUCAGUCUAUCGAACACGACGCGCCACCGGCACAGCUUCCCGCGUGCGAGACCGAGGUCGGGGAGCCAGCGCCCAUCAUCACCUACGUAGAGGAGUGCACUCCCGCUGACCAGGAGACAUCCCCAUCCCUCACGGACGCGGCGCUCGACGUUGCGGAGCAGGCCGCACUUGGCCUGCAGGACGACGCUCAGACCUCACGUUCCGGAAAUGGGGACGACCACCCCUCGGUUGUCCCGGUCGACAGCGUCGAUACGCUUUCUGCAUCGGAACAGGAUCAGACGGCCGAGAAGAUUAUCUGCGUGAGCAACUCGCUCCGCAUGGGCAUUGACAAGGUCGUGGCGGUGGGGCAAGCGGAAACGCUGCCUGCUCCGUCCCUGUCUUCGCCAGUUUCUUCAGUCGACUCUGACUCCGAAUCCGACACGUCGUUCUCCUUCGUCAGCGAUGCUUCCUCCGACGAGUACUCAGUGCUGGAGGGCGUUUGUCUGCCGCCCCUCGGUUCUACCGAGGAACUGAGCGCCAUCGCCCCGUCCAUUUGUGGAUCGGUAGAGCCUUCCGGCCUCAUCCAGCACUCGACUUUCCCCUCGGCCAGCCUGUCAGUCGUGCGCCACACGCUCACGACGUCGACUUCUGCCGAGCUCUCGUCUUCCGAGAUGGGCGUGGCUUUCGUCGCCACGUCCUCUCCCGCGCUCCCCUUCAACGUUCUUCUUCGUGCUCUUGGGCACUUGCGGGCGGUUCUCGUCUCGCAUCUUCGCUUCGCGCUCUGCGCUCUAUGA